AGCAGUAGCGGCGCUGUUAGCAGAGCAGGAGCUUGUGACUGGGAGCAGUGCGGGGCUGAGGGAGCAGAACGCUGGGACUGGAGACACAAUCCGUCUGCUAGAGGGAGACCGAGCCGCUGUGGAGAUCCGGUGUUACUGCGGAGAGCCGGGGACGCCCGGGACCUGCGCCCCCCGCACUGCAGUCUGGGGAUAACUUGGCUGAGUGGCGUUGGGGAGGGGGGGAAAACACUGAAGAUGAAUCGAAGUUUUAGCAAGUCCCAGACUCUGCGCUAUGUGGCGAGCAGCGCCGUGGAGGUGAAGAGCAAGUAUGGAGCAGAGUUCAGAAGAUUCUCUUUAAAUCGAUAUAAGCCCGGGACGUUUGAGGACUUCUACAAUCUUCUUCUUCAGAUCCACAAUAUCUCCAGUGUAGAUGUUUUGCUUGGGUAUGCCGAUGUCCAUGGUGACCUUCUUCCAAUUAACAAUGAUGACAAUUUCUGUAAAGCUGUUUCAAGUGCCAACCCGCUGCUAAGAGUAUUCAUACAAAAGCAAGAAGAAGUCGACUACAGCACCUUUGGGUCUGCAACAUUGAACAGAAAGAAGAAGAAUGCUUUGGUGGCGUUACGGAAUGACAGCCUUCGCCAUAAGAAACCUCAUAUCAACAUUAGCAUGCCUCACGACUUUAGACCUGUCUCCUCCAUCAUUGAUGUGGACAUACUUCCUGAGACACAUAGACGUGUGAGAUUGUACAGGCAUGGAUGUGAAAAACCUCUGGGAUUCUAUAUUCGUGAUGGAACCAGCGUCAGAGUUACCCCUCAUGGAUUGGAGAAAGUACCAGGGAUAUUCAUUUCUAGGAUGGUUCCCGGUGGUUUGGCGGAGAGCACUGGGCUGCUAGCUGUGAAUGAUGAGGUUCUAGAAGUCAAUGGCAUUGAGGUAGCUGGAAAGACUCUUGACCAGGUCACAGAUAUGAUGAUUGCUAAUAGCCACAAUCUCAUUAUUACUGUUAAACCUGCAAACCAAAGAAACAAUGUUAUCCGUAGUAGCCGGAUGUCUGGCAGCUCUGGGCAAUCGACAGACAGCACGGCCAGCCACCAUAGCCUACCAUCUGCUCAUCUAUUACAGAAUUUUAACCCUGAUGACAUGGAGAGUGACGAUGAUGCUGAUAUUGUCAUUGAAGGUAGCCUUGAGGCACGCAAUAUUCCCAAAUCUCACAGCCUACCCUCCGGCAGCCUUUCCCGAAUCAAUGGCAGCAGCCUCAGCCACCGAUUGGAAAGAGACUUGGCUCUUAACCAUUCUGGCCGGGAGAGUAAUGGAAGUAUUCACAAAAUCUUGAGCAGUUUAAAGGCUGACCCAAGGAACAGCUUGGUGAUGCCCAAGGGAGGCGUUGAGGAAGAUGGCACUGUGAUUACACUUUAAACUAUAUGACUGGUAUCAUAGUUUGUCAAUGAGUUCAUUGGCAUACAGGGUACAUGUCUUAAAGGAGGAAUGGCUGUGACGUUGAAGGCGAGCAGUUCAAUGGUACAUUGUUCCCCAAGUAUAUUUUUGAAUCCCAUGCUAGUACUGGAAGAUGAUUUGCUUGGACGCUGUUUUGUGCCUGUGUGAAGCAACCUUUCUUUUGGCGUCUACUUCUUCACGGGGUACAUUACCAAAGCUUCUCUUUUCAUAGUAAACCUACGUGAAUACAAAAUGUAGCUCAUGCUAUGUUUAAUACAUGCAGGGCGGUGUACUGUUAGACAGUAAGUAGAAUCAGGUCAUAGCAUCUGGUUAUUAAUCAUCUAAAACCACUCCGUAUUUCUGUGGUACGUUCUUCAUGUGGUGGCCUGUAACUGUCCUAUAUUGACCAUGUAACAGAACAUGAAAAAAAAUUCAGAGCUGUAUAUUUUUUAGUCCAGGAUGUCUUCAGUCGGGGAGGCAGUGCAAACUGCAUCCAGAUUAUUUGGCUCAACAGCGCCACUUGCUGGUCAAGCGUGGUAAAGUGAGAAAAAAAAAAUCAUGCUUGAGCUGCACUUCAUGGAGAAAAGUGUUCAUGCUUUUCUGUGCGUCUGUGAACACUGUUGUCUGCAAAUCAUGCUCUACUGUUAAGACCAUUCCUGAAAUAAUGGAUCGUUGUGCUUCCAAUAUCUUACAAUGUGUUUCAUGUACAAUAAACACAUAUGCCGUACCGUGGGAUUUAAAGAAUUCUAAAAAACGGCUAAAAUAUUUGUCUGAAAAACAGUGUUGAACUCAGAGAUUCCAAGAAAUGCGCUUAUUAACCAUGUUACAAUUUAGGGAAAAAACUGUCUAAUUUUACAAUAAAACCUAUAAAACUAAACUGGUGCUGUUCACUAUAGUAAGCAAGCGGCUAUGGUACUGUCAUUUGUGUUAAACAUCAACUUGUCGUUUACUAUACAAUACCACUAAAUAUCAAAAAAGGUCAUUUUUAAUAUUUUUUCCAUUUUUGUGUCAUUGUAAUAUCCCAGAGAAUCUGCCUUUAGAAACCUCUAUUCUGUGGGUGAACAGCAAGGACUAAGUCGGAGAUGCACACAGUACAUUCCAUAUUUUUUCUUUUGUUUUUUUUCUUUAAUUUAAGGCUUCAAAUCUGAAUGGAUAGCUACCAGUGUUUUUAUACAUUUGUAUUUUAAAAGAUGUUAAAUAAAGCCAGAACUCUUUUUAUUGUCA